AUUAUAUAAAACUAAAAUUAAAAUCUUAUUCCUAAUUUCAACUCUUUCAGAGCAAUGCAAACAUAAAAUACUGCUUUUACUGAUUGUUAAAUUCAUGUCAAUAUGGCACUACAUAAAUUCAUACAGAAAAACGUAAUUCUACAAUACAACCAUUUUCAGCUUCUUGCUAUUUCAAGUCGAAAAUUAAGUAUUAUUCCUACGGUGUACGAUGGGGAACAAGAUCCAGGUCCGAAAUUUUUUUCGUCAGGCGUCCAAGCGCUUUUGAAACGAUUGACUAGACCAGAUUUCUCAAAAGUAUUUCGCAAAAGAACAAAUAGCAACCGACCUGUUCUUAAGACUCCAGAAUAUAAAUUUUUAACAAAUGAGGAACUCCAAAGUGAAUUUUCAAAAGCCAAUAAGACAGCUGCUCGAUUGCUACAGAUGCCACCGGUUGUCAAGGUACAUCAGCCAAUCAAUGAAGUUCUAUCUAAGGACCCAGCUCUUGUUGGAUAUGACAAUACAAAGUAUUUGUUUACAGACAUCACCUUUGGUGUACCAAAUGAACACAGACUUAUUGUGGAAAGGGACCCUGAUGGUACACUACAAAUGAGUGAUCAUGAUACACGAAAAAGACUUAAUCAGAUAUACUUUCCAAUUCAGGGUCGCAAAGUAAGAGAACCAAUGAUGUUUGCUGAUGAAGAAAAAUUAAAUAGUCUACUGGAGGCAGAGAAAUAUGAAUACAUACUCGAUCGUGCUUGCAUACAGUACGAGCCGGACGAACCGUCGUAUCAGAAAGUGACAAGCAUUACAUAUCAGCAUGUUGAUAUGAAAACCAAUUAUAAAUUGUUAAGAUCGACAAGGCAUUUCGGUCCCCUGGCCUUCUAUUUAACUUGGCAUCAAUCAAUGGACAACUUGAUGUUGGAAUUAUUGCAAAUGGGUGUUAUAAGAGAAGCUGUGCUUUUAAUGGGUCUGAGGCAAGCCAUUCAUGAAGAUAUUACAUUUGCCAGUGAUCUCAAUGCACUGGUACAACAAGUUCUCCCUAUGCCAGUGCAAGCAGCGAAACCUGACAGUUUAUCGGAAGAAGACAUCCAACUUGACAACAAGUGCAUUGAUUGUGUUGUCAAAUAUAUCGCGAAAAACUCGGCUAUGAAGAGCCAACAAGAACUCGCUUUACAAGGCUUCAAAGAAGAUUAUCAGCAAAUGGUGGAGCUCAGUCGCGGCUUGAGGAAGGCUCACGGUGAAGCCUAAAGUUAUUAAAUGUUUAGCUAAGUAUAAAUUAAAGUUUA